AUGGCAAUGGGAGGAGGGAAGCAAGUUCUAGUUUUUCUGGGAGUGCUUUUGCUGUUGUUGGUGUUGUUACCAGAAGCACAAUGUGGGGUGACAUAUGAUAGGAAGGCUCUUAUCAUCAAUGGACAGAGGAGGAUUCUCAUUUCUGGUUCCAUACACUAUGCUAGAAGCACUCCUGAGAUGUGGGAGGGACUUGUUCAGAAGGCUAAGGAUGGAGGACUGGAUGUUAUACAGACUUAUGUGUUCUGGAAUGGGCAUGAACCCUCUCCUGGAAAUUAUAAUUUUGAGGGGAGGUAUGAUUUGGUUAGAUUUAUCAAGACAGCGCAGAAAGCUGGUCUCUAUGUUCAUCUUCGAAUUGGGCCUUAUGCUUGUGCCGAGUGGAAUUUUGGGGGAUUUCCAGUUUGGUUGAAGUAUGUUCCUGGCAUCAGCUUCAGAACAGAUAAUGAGCCUUUCAAGAUAGCUAUGCAAGGCUUUACACAAAAAAUUGUUCAGAUGAUGAAGAGUGAAUCACUAUAUGAGUCUCAAGGUGGCCCAAUUAUUCUGUCACAGAUUGAGAAUGAGUAUGGACCAGAGAGCAAGGCACUUGGUCCUCCUGGUUAUGCUUACAUGUCCUGGGCUGCUAAGAUGGCAGUUGGGAUGGGAACUGGUGUCCCUUGGGUCAUGUGCAAGGAAGAUGAUGCCCCAGAUCCAGUGAUAAAUACAUGUAAUGGUUUUUAUUGUGAUGCAUUUACUCCAAACAAACCUUACAAGCCUACAUUUUGGACUGAAGCUUGGAGUGGCUGGUUCACAGAAUUUGGAGGUGCUGUUCAUCAGAGACCUGUUGAAGAUUUAGCUUUUGCCGUUGCACGCUUCAUCCAGAAGGGUGGCUCUUUUAUUAACUAUUACAUGUAUCACGGGGGAACAAAUUUUGGGCGUACAGCUGGUGGCCCCUUCAUCACAACCAGUUAUGAUUAUGAUGCUCCAAUUGAUGAAUAUGGAUUGCCCAGGGAACCCAAAUACGGACAUCUAAAAGAGCUUCACAAAGCUAUUAAGUUAUGUGAACCAGCUUUGGUUUCUUCUGACCCAACUCUUACUUCUAUAGGAGCUUAUCAACAGGCUCAUGUAUUCUCUUCUGAAGCUGGAGGUUGUGCUGCAUUCCUUGCAAACUACAACCCAAAAUCAUUUGCAAGAGUAAUGUUCAACAAUAUGCAUUAUAAUCUGCCACCUUGGUCAAUUAGCAUUCUUCCUGACUGCAGAAAUGUUGUAUUUAAUACGGCAAAAGUUGGUGUGCAAACAUCUCAAAUGCAAAUGUCUUCUAUAAAUGAUCAAUCUCUAACAUGGGAGAAGUAUGAUGAAGAGGUUGGUUCAUUAGAGGAUAAUUCAUUGAUCACUGUAACUGGCCUAUUGGAGCAGAUCAAUGUUACCAGAGAUAACAGUGACUAUUUGUGGUAUAUUACAAGUGUUGAUGUAAGUCCCACUGAAACAUUUUUGCGCGGAGGCCACCUUCCCGUACUUAUUGUACAAUCAGCUGGCCACGCCCUACAUGUCUUUAUCAAUGGAGAGCUUUCAGGGUCUGCUUAUGGAACCAGGGAGGAUCGACGGAUCACAUAUACAGGGAAUGCAAAUCUUCGGGCUGGAAAUAACAAAUUUGCUAUUUUGAGUGUCGCAGUUGGACUUCCAAAUGUCGGUAUGCACUUCGAGACAUGGAACACUGGAGUCCUCGGUCCGGUUGUAUUGCAUGGGUUUGAUGAAGGAAGAAGAGACCUAACGUGGCAAAAGUGGACAUACCAGGUAGGCCUGAAAGGCGAAGCGAGAAACCUUAAUUCUCUGGAGGGAAUUUCUUCUGUUGAAUGGAUGCAAGGGUUAUCAGCAAUUAAACAACAACAACCACUAACAUGGUACAAGGCAUUCUUCAAUGCACCAGAUGGGGAUGAACCGCUAGCUUUAGACAUGGGGAGUAUGGGGAAAGGUCAAGUGUGGAUCAAUGGACAAAGCAUCGGUAGAUAUUGGACUGCAUAUGCACCAAAUGGAAUAUGCAAUCCGUGUAGCUAUGCUGGGACAUAUCGAUCCCCUAAGUGUCAAGCUGGAUGUGGCCAACCCACUCAACGCUGGUAUCAUGUGCCACGCUCUUGGUUACAACCGACCAAGAAUCUGUUGGUGGUGUUUGAAGAACUCGGAGGCGACGCAACAAAGAUUUCACUGGUGAAGAGAACAGUGUCAGGUGUUUGUGCUGAUGUUUCUGAGUUUCACCCCAUGAUAAAGAACUGGCACAUCGAUAGUUACGGUCAACCAGAAGAGCACCAUAAGCCAAAAGUUCACCUUCGAUGCGCACCAGGCCAAUCUAUCUCUGCUAUCAAGUUUGCAAGCUUUGGUACUCCCUUGGGCACUUGUGGAAAUUUCCAACAAGGAACAUGCCAUUCACCAAACUCCCAUACAAUACUAGAACAGAAAUGCAUAGGAAAAGAGAGAUGUGCAGUGACCAUAUCAACAAACAAUUUUGGUGGAGAUCCAUGUCCAAAUGUGAUGAAAAGAGUGGCAGUGGAAGCUGUGUGUUCUCCUGCUGCAUAAUUAAUGGCUCGAUGAAGAUUCCUGUCAUUUCAAAGUACAGUGCAAUCCAAAGUAGUCAUUGUUUUCUUUAUACAUCUCACAUGGUGUGUUUGCUCAUUGUUUUCCCUUGUCAGUAGUGCAUCUUCAUAAUGAUCUUUGCUCACAGAAAAAGGAAAGCAAAAAAAAUUAUAUAAACUGUAAAGUGAGUGUGUGUGUAUACACAACCAAAAAGCUGUGUUUGUGGAGGAGUGACUCUAAAAACCAUUUGUUGUAUUGAACUGCGUGCAUUGGAUUCUCUAUUUGUUCUCAAUUUCAAUGAAAAGUUGGCACAAGCAUGGGAGAGAUUUGGAAAAGAA